AUGAAAGCUAAAGCAAUAAUUGAAUUUAUCGUUUUUGUGGAUUCACUAAAAACAAUAGGGAUCUUUUUAUUGGAUGAGGGAAUGUAUCAAAUAAGGAUUAACUUAUAUAUAUAGAGUGUAAGUGAUUUUGAGUAUUGCAGUCCCAAAAUUUGAAGAUUCCUUUAACUCCGAAAGAAACCUUGAUAUUCAAGAGGAACGAAUAACAAUAUUUGCCAUAACACAUAAUAGAUAAUUUUUAUAUGAGUGAUGCUUUUUUAUUGAGAUAAUGGACAGAGGAAGUAAUAAAUUAUUUAAAUAUGGUAAGGAAAAAUUUGAGAUAAAAAAUGGAUGUAGGUUCAGUGGAGCAAUUCCACAUAAUUUGAAAGAAUAACCUUGCUUUAUGGAAAUUGAAUUAAUGUAUUAUAAUUUGACAUAAAAAAUUGUGUCAUUUUAAAGUAUAUCGAUGGCAAAGUUUAAAAUAGAAAACUCAUCAAAUGGAAUAUAUGAAUAUGUUCCUGUGAUAUUAGGAGAAGAUCACUUUAGUUUAUUGAAUAUAAUGGUAUUAUUAAAAUAGAAACGAAUAGGUUCUUUGUUCUUUGACAAGUUUUGAUAUUUAAAUACAAUAAGUUCAGAAAGAGGAUAAAUAAGCAAUAGAUUAACAUUAACAUAUAAAUAUGAGAUAGUUAUAUAAUAAAGUAUUGGAACCAUUAAAAACAUGUUAUCGAAAUAUGCAAACAUUUUAUUAUAAUAUGGAAUUAGAGAUGGAAAGACCAAGUAGUAGUGGAGGAAUGCAAUAUCAUAUAAGACAAACUAAAAGUUUUUAAGUUUUGCCAUUAUCAAGUGCUGAUUCAUUAUUAAAAAAUGAAUAAAAUACACAGUUAAUUAGUAAAGUGAUGGCAAAUGAGUUUAAGGUAUUACAAAGCACAAUAAAUUAAUUAUGGCAUAAAAUAAUUAUUGGAUUAAAAUUAGGACAUUAAAAAAUAUUAAGACAGUUAAAGAAAGAAUCUUUAACUAAUUUUUAAAGUAGAUAUGCUGCAUUUACUUAAAAAGAAGUCAUUCCAGUCGUAGAUCAUUAAUAUACAAUGAUUCCUUAAUAAUAAAAAUAAAGUUAAGAAUAAGCAGACUUAUAAAGUAAAAGAUUAGAAUAUUAAAAAUUAUUACUUUAAGGACCAUCUAAAAUAGUUGAUUUUAAAAUAAUAGAUGAAAUUAGAGAUAAAUUAAUGAUAGUUGAAAAACAUUAUGUUACAAGAUAAACAUUUUAAUUAUCUAGAUCUAAAUUACAUCUAAUUGUUUUGGUUCAUGGAUAUUAGGGUCAUUCUUAUGAUAUGAGAUUACUUGAAAAUUAUAUGUGUUUAAGAUUUCCUUAACAUAUGUUAUUAGUAUCUCUAUGUAAUUAAUAAAAUACCGAGGGAGAUAUAUUGUAGAUGGGUAAAUAUCUUAGUGAUGAAAUUAAAAAUUAUAUUGCAACAUGGUCUUACACUGAUAAACUUGUAAUAUCAUUUAUUGGACAUUCUUUAGGAGGAUUAAUCAUUAGAGCAGCAUUGCCUUAUUUAGAUUUUGAAUUUCAUACUUAUUUAUCAUUAGGAACACCCCAUCUGGGUAAUGUUACUAAUCAAAGACCCUUAAUUAAAUUUGGUAUGUGGUUUUUUUAAAAAUUAAAGAAAUCCUAAAGUUUAUCUUAAUUAAAUUGUUAUGAUGAUACAUUACUAAAACUAUCUUUAUUCCCAGGAAUGAAUAAGUUUAAGCAUAUCAUUUUAUUUGGUUCACAAUAAGAUCAUUAUGUUAAUAGUGAAAGUAGUCUAUUGAUGAAAGUCUCAGGUAUUGAUAAUGAAUAAAAACAUAAUGAAAUGGCAACUAAUAUUUUAAGAUAAUUACACCAAAAUGAAUUGUUAAGAAUUAGUAUUGAUUACAAAUUUUAUGAUGGGUAUAUGUCUUAAUUUCAUUAUUUUUAGAGAUUUUGAUACAUUUUUAGGAAGAAAAGCUCAUAUAGCCAUCUUGGAAUCGCAUUUCCUCAAUUAAUACAUAAUAUAUAAUUUAGGAGAUUAUUUUAAAUGA